AUGGACGACGACCUAGACGCAGGGAUCAGAAGCGCCUGCACGGCCAUCCUUCUGGAUCUCUUUCCCGACAUCUGCCCCAGCCAUCUCGAGAAGACGGCCGAAAAGUUCCAGUACGAUACUGAUCGGGUCAUUGAGGAGAUCCUUGGCUCCAAAUCGUAUCCCAAGAUAUCUCGCGUCAAAAGUCUGAAACGCAAGCGAGAGGCUUCUCAAGAUGGGGAUGAGAUGUCCAAGCUGCGACGCAAAUACGACCAUGCGGACCGUCCCGAGGAAACCGCUGCGCUUUACAUCAAGGUCUCGAAGAAGGUGCUUGCCCAAGAUUUCCCGCGAGCGACUUCGAAGAAUAUCGCCGUGCUUUUCCAGGAGAAUAAGAACCUCCUGUUUCGCACGUACCUUGCCCUCGACGAGAUCAACCGUGGCUGGCAAGAUGGCAAAGUAGUAAAGCCGGGGUUUGAGAUGAAAAAGACGAGAACGGCACCUGACAUGGACUUGACACCCGCAAAAUUGGGCCAAACCAUCGAGAAUUCAACUAUUCCCGAUAGAACAAGGGCGCUUGAGGAGCUGCGCGAUGUUCGACAGCUAUGUUACGCGGAAACGGCCAAGCGCAUUGCCGUCUACGACAAGGAGCGAGCUGAAGCCAGGAAUCUCCGGGAAGCGGAAGAGGAGGGCACUACCCAGGAAUGCGGUUGCUGCUGGGGCACGUUCGCCCUGAACCGCAUGGUUUCCUGUUCGAAAUCGGACCAAGAGCACGCAAGUUUCCACUGGUUCUGUGUCGAGUGUGCGCGACGCAGCGCGGAACAUGCUAUUGGGCUCACGAAAUUCGAACUCAAGUGCAUGUCGAUGGACGGAUGUAGUGCUGGGUUCUCGCAUUCGCAGCGUGCAAUCUUCCUCGACGACAAGCUGAUCGCCGCUCUGGAUCGCAUCGAGUGUGAAGCCGUCCUCAUAGCGGCUGGCUUCGAAAACCUCGAAACUUGCCCUUUCUGCCCAUACGCCGCCGAGUAUCCCUCCGUCGCAAUCAACAAGGAAUUCAGCUGCGCCAACAAGGACUGUCAGGUAGUCAGCUGCAGACUUUGUAGGGAAGAAACGCACAUCCCCCAGACUUGCGAGGAAGCAGCACGCGCAAACGGGUUGUCGGCUCGUCGCGAGAUCGAAGAAGCCAUGUCAGCUGCGUUGAUUCGCAAAUGCAACAAGUGUGCCACCCCCUUUAUCAAGGAAGAGGGUUGCAACAAGAUGACUUGCACAAGGCCGGGCUGUCGCAAUGUGCAGUGUUACAUAUGCUCCAAGUCAUGCGACUAUACCCAUUUCAACGAUCGUACGCGAGGAGGAAAAGAGGGAAACUGUCCUUUGUUCGAACCUAUUCAGGAACGACACGAUAAAGAGGUACAGGAAGCCGAGACGCGGACCCGACAGAAGGUCAUGGAGAAUAAUCCCGACUUGGACGAAGACCUCCUCAAAUUCAACUUGUCCGAAGAGGCCUCCAAGACCCAGAAGGAGGAAAAAGACAAACUGAAACGGAGACAGAAGGAGCAGAUUCGAGCGAGGGCCCAGCAGAGAGCGGCAUUGUACCAGGAGCGGAUACAUAACGCGCAGCCGAGACCUCCUAUGCUUCAAGCCAGGCCUCCUCCGCCUCCUCCUGUUAGGCCUCCUCCACCUCCUCCUGCGCUACAUCCGAAUCUGUUUGGGGGUGUUCUCGGAGCCGAGGACCUCUACUUCCCGCCACAGGAUCACCGCGUCGGUUCCGUACCUUCGCUACACGCGACAUUUGCGCCGCAAAUGUUUGCGGACGCUGGAUGGUUCCCAAAUAUCCUCCAGCAGGCACAAGGGCAGGAAAAUCACGGCGAUGCCAAUCUGAUGGGGCCAUGGCAUUCCCCAUCAAUGUACCCUUUCAAUCUAUCAGCAGAUCCAAACUGGCAGGUAGGCCGUCCCAUGGCUGGACCGUCUCACCAAGGGCAGCAUGUGGUUGCAAGUGCGAGUGGCCCCGCGGUCGACCUCCAGAACUUCAUUCCCCAGGCUCAGAAAAACAUGGACAGACCAAUUCUGGGACUUGACGGAUCCAACGGUGGAUUUGCGACUGCACAAAAGAACAGGAACCAAGCUCCACAGCCAGUCCAGCGGAAAACGCAGGGUGCUUCUUCCAGUCACCCGAAGCGACCGGCACAACAGCCGACUGGUGAGGCUCAUCGUCAAGACUCAAUGCCGCCCAUGUCGGCGGUGAUGGGCCUCCAAGGCCGACGGGUUCACGCAAACGGAGAGAUUUUCAAGUCUGGAAGGAGUAUGGACGACCCUCUGGAGCUGGACUGA